AUGGAUGUUUCCGAACUGUGCAUCCCUGACGCUCUCUGCUACCACAACCAGUUGUUAAACAGAAUGCCCUCUGAGGACAGACACCUAUCAUCCAGCUGUGGGUCUUACGUCAAAACCGAGCCAUCCAGUCCUUCCUCCUCGCUCGUAGACACCGGCAGUCACCACAGUCCCAGCGGAAACUCCGACGCCAGCGGCGGCUACAUAAACGGCAGACACACGCACGCCCUCGACUCUCCGCCAAUGUUCAACCCAGGCAUGCUGGGAGGUGGCGCCGCCUGCCUACGCCGCUACGAGGAGUGCGCCGGCGUGGUGGACGACUCGCCGAUCAAGUGCGAGUACAUGCUCAAUACCAUCCCCAAGAGGCUGUGCCUGGUGUGUGGUGACAUUGGCUCGGGGUACCACUACGGGGUGGCCUCCUGUGAAGCCUGCAAAGCCUUCUUCAAAAGGACGAUACAAGGGAAUAUUGAGUACAGCUGUCCGGCCACCAACGAAUGUGAGAUCACCAAAAGGAGACGCAAGUCGUGCCAGGCCUGCCGCUUCAUGAAAUGUCUUAAAGUUGGCAUGUUGAAAGAGGGUGUACGUCUGGACCGGGUGAGAGGGGGGAGACAGAAGUACAAGCGGAGGUUGGACGCAGAGAACAGCGCCUACCUCGGCCUCAGCAUGGCCCCUCCUGCCAAAAAGCCACUGACGAAGAUCGUUUCCCAUCUGUUGGUGGUGGAGCCGGAGAAGAUCUAUGCCAUGCCCGACCCCACCAUGCCCGACGGAGACAUCAAGGCCCUGACCACGCUGUGCGACCUGGCCGACCGCGAACUGGUGGUCAUCAUCGGCUGGGCCAAACAUAUCCCAGGUUUUUCCACUCUCUCGCUGGCAGACCAGAUGAGUCUACUGCAGAGCGCCUGGAUGGAGAUCCUGGUGCUGAGCAUCGUGUUUCGCUCACUGCCCUGCGAGGACGAGAUAGUGUACGCCGAGGACUACGUGGUGGACGAGGAGCAGGCGAGGGUCUCAGGCCUGCUGGACCUGCACGUCGCCAUCCUGCCGCUGGUGCGACGCUACAAGAAGCUGCGCAUGGAGAAGGAAGAGUUCGUCACGCUCAAAGCCAUCGCACUCGCCAACUCAGACUCCAUGCACAUAGAGAACAUCGAGGCCGUCCAGAGGCUCCAGGACUCCCUCCACGAGGCUCUGCAGGACUUUGAGGGCCAGCAUCCGGAGGACCCCAGGCGGGCGGGCAAGCUGCUGAUGACCCUUCCUCUGCUCCGGCAGACCGCCACCAAGGCCGUGCAGCACUUCUACAGCAUCAAAAUGCAGGGCAAAGUCCCCAUGCACAAACUAUUCCUCGAGAUGUUGGAGGCCAAGGCUUGA